GGGGCUGUGCGUUAAAAAAGGUGCUACAAGGAAAGCAGAUUUGAUUGAUUGGGCCGUAGGUAGGAGGAGGGGGAAGCAAGUCCGGGUCCAGAAGGUGGUGACAAAGAAGAGCAGCAAAAUUGCCAUUGGAAUUCACCGAUUCCAUUCAUUCGGGAAUCAGAAUUAGGGUUUGCAAUUGCAUCUCGUGAUUGAAGGGAAACAAGGAUGUGGCACGAAGCGCGGAGGUCGGAGAAGAAGGUGCACGACAUGAUGGACGCGGCUCGCAAAAGAGCGCAGCGCCGAGCAGUUUACCUCGCCAAGCGACGCGGCGAUCCUCAGCAAUCUAUUCAGCUCGUUGGCUUUCGUUCCCGAACCUAUCGCGACGACGCUCUUUACCAAGCCACUCAGGAUCAACAAGGCCUGAUACCUUGGAAUGGGAAACAGGAUGUAUUGAUUGAUAGAUUUGAUGGACGUGCUCUCCUUGAUUUCAUUCGAGAUUCCAGUUUUAGACGCGUUCAGGAGAAAUCUGAAGAAGAAGAAGAGUUAGAAGAGUUUGUUAAUUUUGAGCGAUAUCGGGAUUUAAUAAAGCAUCGGCGUAGAGGAUUUACUGACGAGGAGGCUUUGCAACAUGUAAACCAAGAGAUGGAGGCCAAGGCUGCUGCUCCAUUUGUAUCUGACAGAUCGAAUUUGACACAGACUGCUGCUAGCAAAGGAUCUUACUCGCAGGUUGGGUUUUCUUAUGAUGGGAAUGGAAAAGAAGAAUCCCAAAUUUCAGAUGAUGAUGAUAAUGAUAAUGAGGAAGAUGAAGAUGAUGAGGAUGACGAGGAUUUUAACAGUGAUGAUAGCAAUGAUGAAGGAAUGGAAAUAAUUGCAAAAGAAUAUGGGGUUAAAAGGUAUGGUUGGCUUGUUUACAUGGAUAAGAAAGCUAAAGAGGAAGAAAAGAGGCAAAAAGAGAUGAUCAAAGGUGAUCCUGCAAUUAGGAAGAUGAGUCGUAAGGAAAGAAGGAAGGCUUCUCAGAUUGAAAGGGAGAGAGAGAGAGAAGCCACAAGGAUAUCUGGAACUCGUGUGCUGCAUCAUGACCCCUACCGGGAAUCUAGGCAAAGUCCCACAUAUGAAGCCUAUUCUCGAUCUAGAAGGUCAAGGUCCAGAUCGCGAUCCUACUCUCCAUCAUACUCUAGGCGUUACUCACGAAGUGGUCAUUCCGAUGAUAUUCACCGAAGCAAACCAAGGACUCCUAAAAUAGAGUACAUAACUGAAUUUGGGGGCUCUGGAGAAGCAGAUCAACCCAGGCCUGAAGGAUUUUCUCCACCACGAUCUCCUACAUCUCAAGUUGAUACGUUAAACCGGCCACCAUCUGGUUGCAUACUUGAGGCAUUGCACGUUGAUCCUGCUUCUGGUGUAUCUAUUGAUAAGGAUAAGGGCACUAAAGUCUUGAAGCAAUCAGUAAGUGCAUCUUCGGCAUUAGCAAAAUUGAAGGCAGGUGGUUCUGGAGGGCCCUUAAAACAUCAAGGGGAGAAGAAAGAGACUCCUCAAGAAAGGCUUAAAAGAAUCAUGAACAGGCAGCUAAACAAACAAAUUAAAAAGGAUACUGCUGCAGAACAAGCCAAGAAAAGGGAACAGGAACGGCAAAGGCAGGAAAAGCUUGCUGAAACUAGUCGGUUGAGUCGAUAUAGACGCCGAAGCCGCAGUAGGAGUUACAGCCGUUCUCCUCCAAGAAGAUACAGGCGCAGUAGAAGUCCAAGUAGAAGCAGGGGUUCCAGAAGAUAUUAUUCUAGUUCUCGUUCUCGAUCCCCUUCUCGCACUCGUUCCCGCUCUCGGUCCCGCUCCCGUUCUCGCUCACCUUAUUCUCGCUCUCCCGGGAUAAGAAACCGAUCAAGGCACUGAUGGAAUGCUGUAUGCAUGUAGCUGAGGAAGUUUGUGCAAUUUGUUUAUAAUAUGGAGGGAAACACUUGCCGAUGUAUUUAGUUGAGUUGUGUGGUGUUGAAGUUGCGGUAUGCAAUCUUUCCGAACAUUUCAAUUUUGUAUUUGGUAAUGUAUAUUUAUAUUUAACAUUAUCGAAUUAUAAGUAAUUUGAUGUCUCUAAAGUCGUAUCAGGUGUCCAUAUUUUUCGCAUAAGAAAAUCACAUUUCACUCCUGGUUGAAUUAAAAUUUAUUUAGAUUCCUUGAAGUGAGUCUUGAAAAGAAUGAUUAUUGAAUUGUAAUAUAAUAUAGUAUGAUAAUUUGAUUU